AUGGCGGCACCGACCGAGGCGCAGCUUCAGCACCAGCGACUCAUCGAGCAGCUCGACAUUCACUCCAUCCACAAGUCCUUCCGCAACCCCAACUGGCGGCCCAAUCAGCGGCGGAACAAGAACCUCAAAGCCAUAGUGGGCGACGCUUCGAGGAAGGAAGCAUCUUCCGUCGCCACCCCUCAGGACGGCUCCGGAGCGGCCACGCCGGCCGACGACGGACUGUCGACGAGCGGAACGUCGACACCGGCGACGGCGAACGGCGGCGGCCCCCCUCCGAACCUCGCACAGGCGUCGCGCAGCCUGUCGAAGCUCGUGCUGGAGAAGAGCCUCGUGCUCGACAAGGGCGUCAAGAUGGGAACCAUGACGGCGCCGAGCGCGACGUAUACGAAUAUCGAGUCGGCGCCGUCGCUGGCGCACUCGAAGCACUACUGCGACGUCACCGGCCUCCCGGCGCCGUACAUCGACCCGAAGACGCGGCUGCGAUACCACGACAAGGAGAUAUUCGGCCUCAUCCGGGCUCUGCCGCAGCCGGCGACGGAGCUGUACCUCGAGGCGCGAGGCGCCCACACGGUGCUGAAGUGA